UUGACUGGUUGUCGCACUUCUGCUUGCACAUACACACCACGCCAUCCUUCGCGCGCAUAUAACAUCCUCGGCUCCCCUGAAGGCGCCCGUCUUCCUCCAUCAUGGUGUCUUUCUCUUGCGAGGUUUGCAACGAUGUCCUGACGAAGAAGAAACUGGACCCGCAUCGAAACCAAUGCUACGGAGCGAACUUCACCUGUAUCGACUGCAUGGUACAUUUCCAAGGAACCGACUACCGUUCUCACACAUCUUGCAUCUCGGAAGCUCAGAAAUACCAAGGACAUCUCUACCGGGAAAAGGACAACAAGAAGGGCAAACGAAAGUCGAACGGGCAAGAGAUGAUUCCCAGGAGUGCAUACGUUGAAGAUGCGCCGGAAGGUGACGAUAUGAAUACUGUGGCGGUGAUCGAUGUGCCACCUCGUGCUCCCACACCACCUCCCGCUCCAGAAGCGUACGGCGAACUACCGGAGAACAUCAACGUUUUUGACUACAUGGUCAGCGAUGCGACACCCAAAGCAGCGGCUGUGCAAGCACCGGAUGAGCGGAGAAUGUUGGGACACAGCACGCCGGCCAACGGCGACUCACAGUAUUCACAACACUCGAAUAGAGACGGACCGCGCUACCAGCAACGCGGCUGGUCAUAUGGCAGUGGACCACUCGAGCCAUCUUUACAACGAUACGAUUCCUCCCACAACCUCAACGGGUCGCAACAGAUGCCACCACCGCAGUCCGCAUACGUCACUCCAGCACCAAAAGAGCAGAGGCGGGACAAGAAGGACAAGAAGCGUGGGAGCACCGCUGUGGAUGGAAGUGACAAGAAAAGAAAGCGUAAUGUGGAGGAGUUGGAUCUUUCAAGCGUCAAGCGGCCACAGUCGAGGGAUGAGAUGCAAUUGGAUCCUCCGCAGACCGGGGGAAGGGUGCUGCAUUCAGGGCUGACAGGCGGAUUGACAAGACUCGUGACGGACCCAAACUUCUACGAGGAUCGAAUUGACGCUGGUCCAACACCAGUCAGUCCAUUGAGGCGGAGUAAGAAAGACAAGGACAGCAAGGAAGAUCGUCGCAGCAAACACUCCAACGACCGACGACAGCGAUCUCGAAGUCCUGAACGUGGAGAAAGGAGGAAGACACAUCGUCGGCGAUCUGACUCUGCAUCAUCGACAGAAGACCGUCCACGACCGAGCCGAAGGGGACACGAGCAGCGAAGGAUCGAGUACCACGAUGACCUCCAACCGUCGGCGAACAAUCAAGUCAUGGCGCAUACCGAUCGCGCAGACUUGUUCAUGUCGUUCAUCAACAAGGGGCCGGAGAGUGAGCGGGGCUGCUCGAUCAACAAGGUGUUGAAGCGGUAUCAUCGGGAGAGUGAGGGUAGGAGAGAUGAUGAGGACAAGGAGCUGUGGAAGAGUUUGAGGGAGCUCUGUCAUGUGAUAGCAAAGUCUAUACCGCAACAUCUCAGCGCUACUGCUUCAACCGAGAACCAAUCUAAGCGGCGGCUAGAACAGAACCUCUUUACCGCACUAGACCAGGAUUCUACAAGCAUGGCCAUCUCCAUCUCCGGCGACUACGGCGGCCACCGCAGUGACAAGUCGACGUCUGGCGCCGCCAUCCUCGGAGCCUUCGUCCCCACAUUCACCAUCGCCUGCGUCUACAUCCUCGCCUUCAUCCUCGUCCGGAACUCCUUCAGGAAAGUCUACGCACCCCGAACAUUUCUCGGGACCAUCCCGGAAAAAGACCGAACACCAUCAUCUCAAGCUGAGGGAGCUUCGUGGAUUCGCGACUUCAGAUCUUUGACCGACCGCUUCGUGCUGCAGCACAACUCGCUUGAUGCAUACCUUUUUCUCCGCUUCCUCAAGCUGAUCCUAUCGAUCUGCUUGGUGGGAGCUUGCCUAACAUGGCCGAUCUUGUUCCCUAUCAACGCGACUGGAGGUGGCACUGCCAGCCAGCUGGAUAGGAUCAGCUUCAGCAACAUCGCGAAGAACAGCCAUCUCUGGGCUCACACUGCCGUGGCAUGGGUCUUCUUCAUCGGCAUCUUCCUGGUCAUCGCGCGGGAACGACUUCGCUUGAUCGGCAUCCGUCAGGCAUGCUAUGUGAAUGAUACGCAUGCUUCCAAGCUGUCUUCCAAGACGGUGCUGUUUAUGAAUGUCCCCCAAGAUGCUCUCCAGAGUGAGAACCUGAGCCGCUUCUUUGGCGAGAAUGCUGAGAGGUCAUGGCCGGUCAAGAAUAUGGGAGACCUCCCAGACUUGAUCGAGAAGCGCAAUAGUGCGGUAUAUAACCUUGAAAGCGCGGAAAUGGACUUGAUUGUCAAAGCCGCGAAGUUGCAAAAGAAGAAGACGCCACUCAAUGGCACGAGUCACAUUGUUUCUGAUGAGGACUCUCUCGUACCCAAGGCACAUCGGCCUACCAGCAGGAGCCCUCCCGUAGUCGGCAAGAAGACGGACAAGAUUGAGGAGGCUCGCCAACGUGUCAUUGAUAUUGUCGAGAAGAUCGAGGCUCAUCGCGCAGCUCCUGGCCGGAACCUCCCUGAGCAGAGCGCCAUCUUCGUGUCCUUUAAAAGUCAAGAAGCUGCUCAUCGGGCAUUUCAGCAAAUUACCUUCCAGCCCAAGCUGCCUCUGGAGGAUCGCUAUCUGGCAGUGCAACCCAAAGAGGUUCUGUGGCAAAACAUCACACUCCCGACAUCCGUCCGGCUGUCAAAGGCUUCCUUCGCCCUCGUCUUCGUCAUCGUCUUCACCAUCUUCUUCUCCAUUCCUGUGGGCUUGAUCGGUACUCUCAGCAACGUAGAGGCGCUCGCGGAUCGCUUUGAGUUUCUCAGCUUCCUCAACGACCUCUCACCUGAGAUCAAAGGACUUCUCACUGGAUUCGUGCCGCCUUUCCUUACAAGUUGGUUCGUUUCGUACGUGCCCAAGCUGUUCCGUCACAUCGCAAAGCUCUCUGGAGAACCGACGAUCCCGCAAGCUGAACUGAAAACACAAGCCUGGUUUAUGGUAUUUCAAGUCGUCCAGGUGUUCCUCAUCACCACCUUCUCGUCCGGAACCGCUGCCGUGGCCGCGAAGAUUGCGAAAGAUCCAGCUUCGGCUCCCGACUUGUUGGCUUCGAGCUUGCCUAAAGCAUCCAACUUCUACCUCACCUACUUCAUCCUCCAAGGUACGACAAGUGCAGCAUCCAACCUCUUGGACUACUCCGAGACGUUUGAAUAUCUCUUCUACGAGUACUUCUGGGACAAGACCCCACGUGAGAAGUUCACCACCUACGCACAAAUGCGAGGCACACCCUGGGCAUCGUGGUAUCCGAAGUUCACCAACUUCCUCAUCAUUGCCGUCGCCUACUCUUGUAUUCAGCCACUCACCCUCGGCUUCGCCGCGGUCGGCCUAUACUUCUACUACCUCAGUUAUCGCUACAGUCUGCUGUACGUCCGCCAGACGAAGAUCGACACCAAAGGAGAAGCCUACAAGCGUGCUCUCCAGCAGAUGCCCAUUGGUCUCUACCUCGCCGAACUCUGUCUCAUCGGUCUCUUCGGUGCGAGAAAGGCGACAGUACAGACAAUCCUCAUGAUCAUACUCCUGGUCCUCACCGCCAUGGCCAACUUCGCUCUUGAUCGCGUCUUACGUCCACUAGAAUUAUAUCUCGGCGUGGACAAGUGGUCCGAGCAAGAACACCUCCUCGCAGAACAAGACAACGUCGAUCCCAACGACGAAGCAGCAGCCCACGCAGCCUCCCACGGCCGACGUCUCGGACUCAAAAAACUCCCCAACCCUCUACCAAAACGCCUAUCCGACCUCUUCGACUCCAUCGUCUCCUCCGCCCGCGCACAAACUCACAGCUGGUUGGACAGUGCCGACCGUACCGCUGAUGACGAGGUCCCGCAGUUGAGUGAGGAGGAUCUAGCGAAAGCGUAUGUAGCGCCGGCGUUUACGUCCAAGACACCGAAGUUGUGGAUCCCGAUGGAUCCGUUGAGGGUGUCGAAGGAGGAGAUUCGGCAUAAUGAGGAGGUGGGGAUUCCGACGACGGAUGAUGGGGCGGAGAUUGAUGAGAAUGGAAAGUUGUUUUGGAAUCAUAAUUUUGAGGAGGUGCCAGUAUUUUCGAGGCCGAAGGUUGUUUGAGGGAGGGAUGAGGGUUGAGGGGGAUGUGGUAUCAGCAUUUGACGAUCGAAGGAUUGCAGUGAGAUUGGUUCAGCGCUACGUUUUGCUGCUUGGUGGUCCUCGAGAAUGUCAAAACUGUGACCAUUC